AGCGAUGAUGAAGACGAAGAAGAAAUGGAUUAUGGAGUUAGUGAUCUCAGUGAUGAAGAUGAAGAAUGUGAUGAAAUGGUUGAAGAGUUUGAAGAAGAUAGGGUGAAAAUCGAUGUUGAUCAUGUGGUUACUGAAGGGGUUAUAGAGAGUACAAUCCAAAAUUGUGAAAGUGAUUUGAAGCCAUUUGGGGUUAAUCCCAAUGCUAGAGAUAGAAGUGCUUAUGUUCAUCCUGUGUUAAACCCUGUGGAGAAUCUCACUCAGUGGAAAUCAGUCAAGGCCAAGAGAACAGUAUCAUCACCAUUGAAGCCUCAGAAAGAGAAUUAUGUUUCUCCCAAUCAUGAAUCUCCAAGGAUUGCUAUUGCAGCUGCGGAACAAAGUGUUAAGGAAAUUUCUUUCCACUUGGAUUCGAAAACUGACUCACGAAAGCAGCUGAGCCAGGAAAUUUCAGUUGAUGAAAAUGUUAAGGAAGUUUCUUUCCACUUGAAUUCGAAAACUGACUCACCAAAGAAGCUGAGCCAGGAAAUUUCAGUUGAUGCUAGCCUCUCAAAUUGGUUGGCUACUUCGUCAGAAACGAGUACACCUAUGAACAAGGGUAGCUCAGUGGCCUUGAAUUCAGUUACAACUCCUGAAAGAAGCACAGUCUCGCAAGGUUCAAAUUCUGUAAUUAGCCAUGAUGAUAGGCCUAUUUUAGGUGCAUUGACGUUGGAAGAGAUCAAGCAAUUUUCAGCUACUUCGUCACCAAGGAAGUCACCUAGUAGGAGUCCUGAUGAGAUGCCUAUCAUAGGCACUGUUGGGACCUACUGGAAUUUUGCCGAAGAAGCCAGCACAGCAUCAUCCUUCAAAGGGAUUCCCAACACAACAAGCAAGUAUAGAGAGGAUAAGAAAGUGAAUUGGCACUCAACUCCAUUUGAGACAAGGUUAGAGAAAGCUUUGAACAGAGGUGCUGCUGCUGGUGAAGCCUAGGGUGUUUCUAAGAGACAUGCAUGCACUGGUUUGUGUCGUUUUUGGGGGUGUGAAUUGUGUAGGAAUUCAAUUUUUUUAUUCUUAUGAAUGAUUCAGUGUGUGAUGUUUACUUCUUCAAUUUGCAGUUUGGGUAAAUAAUUAAUACAAUCAUAUAUCUUAUAUCUA